AUGUCUAGUGCUGCUGCAACCGCCAAGCGUGAGGUUCUUCCAACGAACGUAACCCCCUUACACUACGAUUUGAGGGUAGAGCCAAACUUUGAAACGUUCAAGUUUGAUGGAGCUGUCAAGAUUGAGUUGAAGGUGAACGACCGGAAGGUCAACACUGUUCAGCUGAAUAGCAUUGACAUCGACAUUCAUUCUGCCAAGAUUGGGUGUCAUGAUGCGACGGAAAUAUCCUACGAUAAGGACUCCCAGGUGAGUACAUUCAAGUUUGCCGACGAGGUGUUGUCUGAAAGCGAUAGGGCCGUGUUGGAGAUUGAUUUCACCGGUGUUCUGAACGAUAAUAUGGCAGGCUUUUACAGAGCCAAGUACGAAGACAAAGCUACGGGCGAGACAAAGUACAUGGCAACGACUCAAAUGGAGCCUACCGAUGCUCGGAGAGCAUUUCCCUGCUUUGACGAACCGAAUUUGAAAGCCACGUACGAUAUCAGCUUGGUUUCGGAUGCGUCUCUAACCCAUCUUUCAAACAUGGACGUCAAGUCUGAGGAAAUCAUCGAAGGAAACAAGAAAUUGACCAGGUUCAACACGACUCCAAAGAUGUCUUCCUAUUUGGUGGCGUUCAUCGUGGCUGAGUUGAAGUAUGUCGAGAACAACGAUUUCCGUAUACCAGUGAGAGUGUAUGCUACCCCUGGUAACGAGAAGCACGGCCAGUACGCGGCUGAUCUGACCGCCAAGACCUUAGACUUCUUUGAGAAGUCAUUCGGAAUCCAGUAUCCUCUACCAAAGAUGGACAAUGUCGCCGUGCAUGAGUUUUCCGCAGGCGCUAUGGAAAACUGGGGGUUGGUCACUUACAGGGUGGUCGACCUGCUGUUGGACAAGGAAAACUCCACCUUGGAUCGUAUUCAAAGAGUCGCAGAGGUGGUGCAACACGAGCUCGCUCACCAAUGGUUCGGUAACUUGGUUACCAUGGACUGGUGGGAAGGUUUAUGGCUAAAUGAGGGCUUUGCUACUUGGAUGUCGUGGUACUCGUGUAACGCUUUCCAACCGGAAUGGAAAGUUUGGGAGCAAUACGUCACAGAUACUUUGCAGCAUGCCUUGGCUUUGGAUUCUUUGAGAUCCUCUCACCCAAUCGAGGUGCCAGUCAAGAGAGCUGAUGAAAUCAACCAAAUUUUCGACGCCAUUUCGUACUCCAAGGGUGCUUCUCUGCUAAGAAUGAUUUCGAAAUGGUUAGGUGAGGACGUCUUUGUGAAAGGUGUGUCCCAAUACUUGAGUAAGUUCAAGUACGGUAAUGCAAAGACAGAAGACCUUUGGGAUUCGCUGUCAGAGGCUUCUGGUAAGGACGUUCGUAAAGUGAUGGACAUCUGGACCAAGAAAGUCGGGUUCCCAGUCAUCUCCGUAAAGGAAGAUGGAAACAAGAUUACCUUCACUCAAAACCGUUACUUAUCUACUGGUGAUGUUAAGAAGGAAGAAGACGAAACUUUGUAUCCUGUGUUCCUGGCCUUAGCAACUAAGGAUGGCGUUGACAAUUCACUUGUCCUAAGUGAAAGAAGCAAGACAGUGGAACUCAAAGAUCCAAGCUUCUUCAAGGCGAACGGAGCACAAGCCGGCAUUUACAUCACUUCCUACUCUGACGACAGAUGGACCAAGUUGGGAAAGCAAGCAGAUUUGCUGACCGUUGAAGACCGUACUGGUUUGGUCGCUGAUGCGAAGGCCCUGUCAGCCUCUGGUUACACCUCAACAACCAACUUCCUGAACUUGAUCGCUCAAUGGAACAAGGAGAAUUCUUUCGUCGUUUGGGACCAAAUCAUCAACAGCAUUUCUUCCCUAAAGUCUACAUGGAUUUUCGAACCCCAAGAAGUUAAGGAUGCGCUUGAUGCUUUCACUAGGGAACUGGUUGGCGAGAAGACCCAUUCCCUAGGCUGGAUCUUUGACUCUUCCGAUUCCUUCGCUACUCAACGUUUGAAGGUGACCAUGUUUGGUGCCGCUGCUGGCGCCAAGGAUGAGAAAGUUGAAAAGGCGGCUCUGGAUAUGUUCGCCAAAUACACUGCUGGUGACAAGAAGGCCAUUCCAGCUUUGAUCAAGCCUACCGUGUUCAACACGGUUGCUAGAGCUGGUGGUGUUGAAGAGUACGAGAAGAUUUUGGAUAUCUACAAGAAUCCAGUUUCAAACGACGAAAAACUGGCCGCUUUGAGAACUUUGGGUAGAUUCAAGAACCCAGAACUUUUGCAAAGAACAUUGUCGUACUUGCUUGACGGUACCGUUCUAAACCAGGAUAUUUACAUCCCAAUGCAAGGUAUGAGGGGUCACAAGGAGGGUAUUGAAGCUCUAUGGAAAUGGACUCAGGCUAAUUGGGACGAGUUAGUCAAAAGGCUGCCACCCGGUCUCUCUAUGCUAGGAUCCGUUGUUGUCGUUGCUACUUCGGGUUUCACCUCUUCUGAAGCCAUCAAAGACAUCGAGAAGUUCUUCAGCGGUAGAUCGACCAAGGGAUUCGAUCAGAGUUUGGCUCAAUCCUUGGACACCAUCACCUCCAAAGCCCAAUGGGUCACUAGAGACCGUGAAGUGGUCAAUAAGUAUUUGAAAGACAACGGGUACUACAAAUGA